UCUUUCACUUCACGAUAAGACAAUGUGAUUUUUCGAAGCAAUUGUGCUUGUCGCGUGCUGUGAUUCCUGACUAAAUUUUUGUGGUAUUGGGGAAAUGGGGACUACAAAUGCAGAUGUUUUCAAUUCAAUAGGACUGUAAAAUUGUGUCCGGUCCGGUGGCGGAGUGUCGUUCGUUAGUUAUGACGAAUCCUGGAAUCUGCCAUUUGCUUUUGACUUUUGGGAAAGUGGACGGAAAUGUGUUACUGACGGUGUUUUUCGCUUUUACUUUAAAACGAUGAGGUGUUUCCACGCCAUUCGACCAAGCUGAAUCGAAAGUGAACGAUUCUAAAGCAUGCAUGUCGAAGAUCCUGCCUUUCUCCUCGCGAUCGCUGCCAUCCUAGAAGAUGCGUCUUUGAGAGGGUCUCUAUUCUAUUGCAAGACACUAAUGUGACGAAAACAGGAAAUCUGAAAUGGUCAAUGCGACAUUGACGAUGGUCAAAAGUAAAACUGACCAUAUUGUCGCUGCUGUCGGUUUGAACGCAAACACGGAUUUGGCUGUUGCUUCUGAUUUGGAAAUAGAUUCCAAUUAUGGUGGUUAUCGAGUCAAUGCUGAGCUUGAAGCACGACCACACGUCCGGUUGGCUGGAGAUGCUGCCUUCUUUUGUGAUAGCAAAUGGGGUCGUCAUCGUAUGAAACAUCACCACCAUGCUGUUGUAUUGGGGCAAUUGGCUGGAGAUAAAAAUACUUGUAACGAAACAUGGAUGAACAACUGCAGUGCACUGUCACCAAGUGCAUUCUUCGUCGUAUUAUUAGUACGCAAUCGGUAUCGUGCUGUUGCCGUUUGUCGUAUCGUUGAAGGUUGGGUCGAUCACUGGUGUACCCAUGUCUCCUGGGUAUGGUGGAUACCAAAGCACCACGCCGCCGCCUUGCUACACAACGACAACAUUCGCACCAACCGGUUACUACACUGAGGGCCACAAUUACUACACCACCAAGGCUCCAGA